AUGGGGAGCCGCCCUGGCCCUGGCCCCCAGAGAACCUCCUCUGCGGGGUACCGACUGCCCUCGUCCAGGCCACCAGCCAUUUCCCAGGGUGGCCCCUUGGUGGCCAGGGGCCCUGCGGGGGGCCAGGAGGCUGAGCAGGUAGCCCGGGCAGCAGGCAGCGUGCAGCAGGACCGGCUGUGGCGGGAGCUUCUGGAGGCCGAGAGGCGGAGCCAGCGGCGCUGGGUGCAGAACUGGAGUUUCCUGAAGGACUACGACCCCGUGUUCCCGGCCGAAAUCCCCCCAUCUGGUCUGCCCACGGACCCACUCGAUCCCCAAGACCUGCUCAGCUGCCCUGAGCGGCGUGACUGGGUCACCCCCGCCCCUGCUGGCCAGCCCCCCCUUGCAGAGAGCCUCACGGCCCCGCUGCUUCCAAGGGAGGACGAGGAGGCUGCCUCGCGGCUCGCCCAUGAAACUCAACGCUCAGGGCACGUGGCUGCGCCUGCACGUGGCAGGGAGACUCUGGCUGUGGGACGGCGCUCAGAGACCAGAGCGGGGCCAGUGGCCGCCAGCCUGCUGGGAGGGCGCCGGCUGGGGGGCCGGGGGCCCCCGGCCUGGAGAGGUCGGCUCCUGGGACCGGAGAGCUGCGCGGCUCCGAUCCGGUUUCCCAGCGGCGCUGGUGGCCGGAGCUCGGGCGCGUCCUGCCCAACGCUGGGCCCCUGCCCAGGCUGA